GACGGUCUGGUUUCUUUGUUACCGCGUAAAUCCAUUUAUGUUCCUUAAUUCCUUUCUUCUCUCUUUCUCUGAUCUCACAAAUCUUCAUUAUUCUUCUUCUUCUUCUUCAAAAAUGGGUUCUCUACCUGCAUUUCCAAUCGACGAUUCUCCCAAACAAGCCCUUACAUUCAACAUUGACGAAACCACCCUCUCAGAUCUCUUCAAAUCCCAACAAAACCACCUCAACUACUUCUUCACCCACAUCGACCACUCCCAAACCCUCUCCUUCACCCGCGCCCUCCUCGACUCUCCGGGCACCGUCUUCUUCACCGGCGUCGGCAAGUCCGGCUUCGUCGCCCACAAAAUCUCCCAAACCCUCAUCUCCCUCGGCGUCCGCUCCUCCUUCCUCAACCCCCUUGACGCCCUCCACGGCGACAUCGGAAUCCUCACCCACCGCGACGUCCUCGUCCUCCUCAGCAAGUCCGGCGCCACCGACGAGCUUCUCCGCCUUGUCCCGUGCGCUAGAGCUAAAGGCGCUCGCCUCAUCGCCCUCACCUCCGUCGUCGCCUCCCCCCUCUCCUCCCUCUGCGAUAUGCAUGUCCACCUCCCUCUCGAGCGCGAGCUCUGUCCGUUCAACCUCGCACCGGUUACCUCCACGGCGAUUCAGAUGGUGUUUGGCGAUACCGUUGCCAUCGCGCUCAUGGCCGCACGGAAUCUCACCAAGGAUGAGUACGCCGCCAACCACCCCGCCGGGAAGAUCGGCAAGAGCCUCAUCUUCAAGGUGAGAGAUGUGAUGAAGAAGGAGGAUGAGCUUCCGAUUUGCAGGGAAAAUGAUUUGAUCAUGGAUCAGCUUGUGGAGCUCACCAGCAAAGGAUGUGGGUGCUUGCUUGUUGUCGACGGCGAUCACCGUCUGAUUGGGACUUUCACCGACGGUGAUCUCCGGCGUACCCUCAGAGCUAGUGGAGAGGCAAUUUUCAAGCUCACAGUGGGGCAAAUGUGUAACAGGAAUCCAAGAAUUAUUGGUCCUGAUGCAAUGGCAGUGGAGGCCAUGAAGAAGAUGGAAGCACCUCCAUCACCUGUCCAGUUUUUGCCUGUGAUCAAUGAUGACAUUGUUGUGAUUGGGAUUGUCACAUUGCAUGGUUUGGUUUCAGCUGGGUUGUGAUGUGAUUGUGUAUAUAGGCUUAGUGCAUGUUGCCAAAUCUUUAUUGAUUCUAAAGGCGAAAUCAAUUAUGGGAAAAAACUUAUCUGAGUAGCUUCUGGAUAUCAGAAUUGAUAGAAGUUGAUCCUAAGAUUGUUAGUAUUCUUAGAGCCUAUGGUGUUUAUCUAUUUGUUCAUUGAAUCAUUCUUUGUACCUGUUAGCAUUUGAAGCCCCACCCAGUUCCUAGUGGCAUUCUGUUCUGGUGUACCUCUAUUACUGUAUCACCUGAGGAUUCAGAAGGAUUCUUUUUUAUUUUGUACUCUCACAUUUUUUGGGUCCAGAAGGUUGUGAUUAUUAUUUGAUGUCAUGUUCUCACACCUGCAGACAUCAUGGGCCUGUUUCUUGUAGCAGUUUCCUUGUGUCAAUUAUUGAUGAACUCUUAGCCUUUCAGUAAGAGAUUGCUGUAACUGAAUUGUACUUCAGUCUAGACUUUUGUAUAUUAUAUGGAAUUAUUGAACAUUAUUUCUGCA